AUGUUUUGUGAUCUAAACGUCCCAUGGCCUACGCGCGACUCUCCUACGGUCCUGAAUUCCAAAAAAUCAAAAAAGCAGCCACAAAAAAAGGCCAUUGCGGAGGAUGAUAAUAAUAUACAAGAGGCAUUGGAUCUCCUGACGCCCUCAGAAAAGCAGCGCAUGAGCGAACUCACGUACGAACUAAUGGAAAUGGGGUACACGACUUUGGCAUUUAAUCAUGUGGUCCGCAGCAAGUAUGAUCCAGUAUCGCAGAAGUAUCCUUUUGGAAAAAGUCACUGCCAACCUCCUUUUCCUAAGCUGGAUCCUCGUACUCGUAAAGCUCAUGGCAUCGAGGCAUAUCGAGCGGGCAUCAAACAGCUAUCGCGUCUCACUGUCGUGUUCGAUAGUGAUGAAGCUGUCAAAUCAGGUUCUGGAUUUGUAAGUGCAAACGCACAGGCACUUCAACAAUACGACCUACUUUCUGUAACACCAACUACCGAAGCUGCCUUUCAACAUGCUUGCAUCACGCUAAGUGAACUAAAACCCUUUAGCAUCGACAUCAUUUCCCUGGAUCUUGCAGCCGCACCACGUCUCCCAUUUUAUUUAAAACGUAGCACUGUCGGGGCUGCACUUGCAAAUGGCGUUGUAUUCGAAAUCACUUACGGAGCGGCCGUCGCAAACACUCAAGAUACCCCUGACGUCUCUGCCGCACGUCGAAACCUAUUCGCUGGUGCACGCGAUCUUUUACGAGCUACCAACGGGAAAGGCGUCAUUAUAUCGAGUAGCGCACUAGAUGCACUGGGUAUACGAGCACCAUACGAUGUAAUGAACCUCGCUGCUCUGAUGGGUAUGACGCCCAAUGCUGCCAAAGAUGCAAUAUCUACCACAUGUCAAUCGCUUAUGAUACGCGCGGAAACGCGUCAAACAUUUCGAGGCACUGUAUCCAAGCCUUAUGUACUACCAGCGGAACACAAGCCUACAUCAGGAAUAGAUGAAUCUUCCAAAAAAAGGGCGAAACGCAAACUGUCAAACGAUGAUGAAUGCAUGUAA